AUGUCCACCUCGACCCAAAACAUCCAGACAGCCACAGUCCCGACCGCUGCUGCGCUCGAUCCAGCCAUGAACGCCGUGAACGACGACACCGCGGCUGGCGCCGCACGCUCGCGCAAAAAGAUGUACAAGAACUGCGAUCGCUGCCGCCAAGCCAAACGUGCCUGCUCCGCCCAGUACGUCAGCAUCGCCGAGGCGCUUGCCAACAAAGUCGCCUGUAAGAACUGCAAGAAGAAAGGAGAGGUGUGCACAUUCAACAGCCUCAUCAACUCGUUCGGCGGCAUCCCUCUUGCUGGUCUCACGGGAGCCGCUUUCGCCGAAAGCCUCCAAGAGACCACCAACGGCUUCCCUUCAGAAAACACCAACGCCGCUGCCUCCAAUUCCAUCAACAUCGAUGAGACCCUCGCUAGCGAGCCGGAGUCGAGCAAAGCUGCCGAACGACGUCGAGAUAGCCAGUCUUCCAUCGACAAUGUCAACGCCGUCUUUGAGCUGCUCAACAGCUGUGACGACCUGGUUCAGCCGCCCGCCAAGCGACGAAAGGCUUCGGCACUCGACACGCAGCAGGACAUUUCGUCGUACUCGGGCUUUGUGCAGCCAGCUUCCAAUGCUGCCUCCAACUCGCUCGUCCUCAGCCGCGCACAAUCGCCCUACGCGGAAGAUGAGUCGGACACGUCCGUGUUCGACAUCCUCGGCUUCCAGAUCUGGGGAUCAGCACCCAGCGUACGGCUCGCACAGACAGCAGACCGACAGCAUCUCAACUCGGACCUUCUCAGCGUCUACGAGGGAGCUGCCGAAUCCGCCUUCCGCGUGUGGGUCACCGAUGCCACCACGCCCUAUUUGCUCUGCGCCGACUCGUUAAGCUCGACUUCGGCCGCCAUGUCCCUCAACAAAAAAGUGACGCUGCUGGAUCACGCAUCGAAGCGCAUCUUCAAGGCGGACAAUGCAAGUCGCAAUGUCGAGAAGCGCGUCUCGGAGGCGUACCAUGCCGUGCUGCUCGCGUAUGCAGCCCAAUGGCCACGACAUCGCAACAACCAGACGGCCAGUCGCGCCGAAUGGAAGCCCGACGAGGCACGCAUCCGGCUCUCGCUCUGGAAGCAGGCGCGCGACAAGCUCAUGGACGCCGCAGAUGCGUGGUCGUUCCGCAUCGUUUUUGCGCUCAUCCUCUUUGCUUGGACCGAGAAGCCGCGCGAGGUGCCCGACGACGAGGCUUGGGGCUCGGACAGCGAGCCGCCCGCACAGCUGCAUGAAGUGCCUUCGCUCGACGAAAACAGCGCGCUCGACUCCUCUUCCUGGCAGAUCAACGCCGAGGCCAGCACCAUGAUGCUCGCCACCGCCAUGCGCAAGCUCAAGGCAUUCCGGCUCAAGAUCCAGCAGCUCAGACGUAAGGGUAUCGACCUCUGGUCCACCGAAGAGCCCGGGCUCGAAGCGUCGCAAGUCGCGCAUCGCAGAGCGGAAGCAACGCUGCUCGAGAACACGUAUCACAACCUGUACUGGUUCGGCUGCAUGAUGGACACCGAGCUCAGCGUGCUGCGCAAGUACGAUGCUGUGAUCGGCGAUGAGGACUCGGAUCUCACCGACCAGCUUCUUUCGCCGCAGCGCGCAACGAGUCUGCGCAACGAGACCGAGAGCUUUGCCACGGGCGCAAAUGCGGCGCGCAAGCCGGUGCGCAAGAUCUGGGACGAAGUCAUCCCAGCCAACAGCCAAAAGUUCCGACACACCUUCGCCAAGAGCUGGCCAUGCUCGGAAGAGGAGGCGAAGCGCACUCUGGCGUAUGCCACGCCGAUCAAGGUGCUCCUGUUCCGUCACGUCGGGCGGCUGCAGUCGAGCUACUGGCGCCAGGCUUCGAGCGAGCAGAUUGAGCGACAGAUCGCCCACGUCCUCUCAGUCGUGCGCCACUGGGACGAGACCUUUGCGCCGUUCUUUGCGAGCUGCAUUGCGCACCACCACGAGCUGCCGCCGUCCAUCCAGAGCUGGCACGUCAUCACGGCGACCAAGUGGAACCUCGCCGCAAUCCUGCUCGUAGAGCUGGUGCAGACCAUCGACCGCUCCGCCGCCUCGUCGGAUCCGUUCCAGAACACCGGCGAGAUCUUUGCCUCCCUGCGCACCAAGGUGUGUCUCAACACGGCGGCGCUCAUCGAUGCCAUUCAGCGCUCGAGCCUGGCACGCGUGCCGAGCGCCGAGUCGCCGUUCGAGUUCAUCCAUGCGACCGACAGCACGGUGCUGCACAGCGAUCCGUGGCCCGAGAUCUCGGUGCACGGAUUCGCGUGCGUGGCCAAGUGCGAGAUCAAGCAAUUCGCACAGCUGGCGGCUCGCAGUGCGUGGGCGGAGCUCGAGGCGGCAGAACAGCGCGUGCACAAGUGCAUUUGGGCGCUCGACCAGCUUAGCAACCGCUCGACCAUGGCCGUGGAUGCAAGCGCAGAGGUGGCCAAGCUGCUCGAGAUUCACUCGCCCUUCAAGCAGCAGCAGCGCCAGCAGCAGCUGCAGAUGCACAUGGCGCGCGACGAGGACGCAAGGUCAAAGUCAAUCGACGCGUCGGUGGCCGCACAGACGCCCGCUAUUGAAGCGUUCCUGGCAGGUGGUGGCAACGUCGCUCCCCCCGCGCCCAUGCCUUCUGCUUUCACCGACGAGGUUUGGGCGUCUUGCUUGCAGAUUCUAUCCGAAUCAGAACCCAGAGAAGCCACGGGGAGUAUGGACGAAACUCCGGACGCUGCAAGCUCGUCACUGCUGUGGCCGGACCUCGGCGUGCCGUCGACGUCGUCGAUGCCCCUCGCGGAUGAUACAGAUUCGGCUUCUUCCGAUCACUCGCUCUCGCCCACGUACACCUCCUCUACAGUCACGUCGUCCACCGUAGCCCCGAUUGAUCCGCUCCCGCUUCCGGCUACCGCACCAUACGCCGAUUAUUUUCCUGACAUGAAGGACCACGACGCGAUCCUCCCCACACUCGAUAGCUUCCCCAAUUCCUUCCAGUUCCGCGUCUAG